AUGGCGGAUCAUGACAUCGUCUCUUGGAAAUCGCCAAUUACACUCAUCCACUGUCAGGCGAUGAUCGAUCGUGUCCCAGAGCGCCAGGCCGUGAUAUGGAACUCAAUGAUCACUGCGCUCGCGCAGGGGCAAAACGAGGCAGCAAAAUCGAUCUUUGAUAGAAUGCCGGCCGUGUCGUGGACGAAUCUACUGCUGUGCUACGCGCAGAAUGAUUCCUGGAAAAAUUGGACAGGGCGUUCCAUCGGCUCCCCUUCACCAACGCAGUGUGUUGGAGAAGAAUCUAGUCUCGUGGAGCUGCUUCUCGCGUAUGCCGAGAAUGGGCACUUUGACGGGGCAGUGAGGUUCUUCCACGAGAUCCCGCACAAGACCAUCGUCUGCUGGACAGCUCUCAUGCAAAUUUACGUCAAUUUGGGCCAUCUCGGCACCGCCAGGAGUGUGAUUAAGAGCAUGAAGAUGCUCAGCUUGGGACGACGGGCACUACGAUCGAGCAGUGGAAGUCUUCCAUCUUAUGAAUCUCGAGGGCGUCAAGCUGGACAAGGUGACGUUCCGGAGCGUUUUAACUUCGUGCAGCCAUUGCCAAGGGCUGGGAGCACUUCGUCUCAAUCAGCCGAGACUUUGAGAUGGUGCCGAGGAGAGAACGCUAUUGCUGCAUGA